CGCGCAUAUCUAAUUCAUUCCAUGCCCUUUAUAUAUAGGAUUAGGUUUUGCAAUAAGUAAUUGCCACAACAAAAAGAGAGAACCAAAAAGAAAGAGAAAAAGCUGUUAAAAGGAAAAAAAAAACAGUAUUCUCAAUCUACCAUGUCUUCUUCUCCGAGUUCUUGGAGCUCAUCACAAGAAUCGUUUUUAUGGAACGAGAGUUCCCUUUUAGAUCAAUCAUCUGAUCAUCAAUCCUUCUUUUGCCCUAAUUAUAAUUACUCUGAUGGCUUCUUCUCAUUUGAGUCACCGGAGCCGACGAUUAAAGAAGAAGCUCAAAACGGCGACGUUUCCAACUCCGAGGAGGAAGAAAAGAUUGGUGGUGUUAUCGAUGAAGAGAAGUCAUACAGAGGAGUGAGGAAGAGGCCAUGGGGAAAAUUUGCUGCUGAGAUAAGAGAUUCGACUAGGAACGGAGUUAGGGUUUGGCUCGGGACGUUUGAUGAAGCUGAGGAAGCCGCUCUUGCUUAUGACCAAGCCGCUUUCGCAACAAAAGGAUCUCUCGCAGUACUCAAUUUCCCCGUGGAAGUGGUCAGAGAGUCUCUCAAGAAAAUGGAGAAUGUGAAUCUUCAAGAUGGUGGAUCUCCGAUUAUGGCCUUGAAGAGAAAACACUCUCUUCGAAACCGGCCUAGAGGGAAAAAGAGAUCUACUAACUCUUCAUCUUGUUCUUCUAAUUCUUCUUCUCAUUCAUCUUCAUCCUCAACUUCUUGGUCUUCAUCUUCAACAUCAAGAAGUAAUGAGCAGAGUGUUGUGAAGCAAGAAGGUGGUACACUUGUGGUUUUUGAAGAUUUAGGUGCUGAGUAUUUAGAGCAACUUCUUAUGAGCUCAUGCUAGUUUAAUCUUGAAAAUGAUUAAGCUUUAAUUUGUGGUAGUUUUGAAAUUUGUUUGUUCAUUUUGCAAUUGCUUUGGUUGUCUUAUUUUUCAUUUGUUGUAUCUAAAUGAAAUUAUUGGAAGAGAUGCGAUGGUGAUGUUGAACUGUAUAUAAAACUGUAUUAUUGCGUUA